AUGAACGAACCACCACCCCCCAACCAAGCCCCCAUCAUAAACCUACCAACCAUAACCAACCCAACCUAUAUCCAAACCAUCAUCGGCAAACCCUCUCUUCUGUCCCUCAACAUCGACAACUUCCUCGGCAUCCCAUACGGAGAAAUAACCCAUCGAUGGAAGCACGCCAAACUCCGCACCCACCUCCCAUCCGAUGUGUUCUACGCAACAACAAACGGGUACUUACCCAAAUGCCCCCAACCACCCGGCGGCGACAACAGCGUCUACUUCCAAGCAGACAUUCCCUUCCCCAAACCCGUACCAGAAUCAGAAUUCGACUGUCUGAACCUCAACAUCAUCCGACCUAGUGCAACGGGUCUAUCCCGUGCCGGUAUAGAUCCCUCCAUCAAACUGCCGGUUCUCGUCUGGAUACAUGGCGGUGCGGGCGCAUUUGGCGCGGGGAGUGAUCCUAUAAUAGACCCCACCCGCCUCGUCCUCCGCUCAGUAGAAUCUCGCCGGCCCAUGAUAGCAAUAACCAUAUCCUACCGCCUUGGCGUUUUCGGAUUACUUGGUUCAGCUGAUAUGCUGGAUACCCAAGCACAUACUACUGAUAUCAAAGGCCUCAACUUCGCUACUUAUGAUCAGAAGAUCGCGUUGACGUGGAUUUCAACCAACAUAGGAUAUUUUGGUGGUGAUGCUAAUCAAAUUACACUCGGUGGGAACUCAUCCGGUUCUCAUGAUGUGCAUACACAUCUGCUCGAUGCAGAUACGCAUGGAACCCCACUGUUCCGGAGAGUCAUUAUGCACUCUGGUGCCAGGGGGACGGUGUCGCCGGGUAGUUUGGCAGAUGCGGAGUCAGCUGGUCACUUCCAAGAAAGCAACAUCACCUUCUCAUCCCUCAAAGAAACAUUCACGAAAAGCUAUCCCACUCCCGAAGCAGCCACAUUGAUUCUCCAACUCUACGGUCUAGUCGAAGGCGCAUCACAGAGAAGCUUCCUCUCCGGCCUCGAACGAUUUCGCUCAGACGCUGUCUUUCACUUACCCAUCCACCGUACGAUAGAUACGUUGAGGGCCCAGCGCCACAAUGUAUAUGGCGAUGCACACAGUAUCCAACACUUCCAUAUUGAGUUUGGGAACCCAUUUCCUGGACCGAAGAUGGGAUGUGCGCACCAUGGGGUGGAGUUGAUUUAUCUCUUCGAUGCAUUUCAUGAGCAGCUUGUUGACCUAGAUGAUUUGUCUACUGGGCAGGGUGUGAUGAAGCAUAUGGAGUUGGUGAGGAGGUUUCAGGAUCAUUGGAUUGGGUUUAUUGUUGGAAGGGCGGUACAGAAGGUUAGUGAUAAGGAGGUGUUGGUUUGGGGUGAGGAUGGGGAUACUAGGGUUGAGAUGUUGAAUGAGAUGUCUAGGUGGGUGGAGAGGAAAAGGCGGCUUGAGGUGCUGGGGAGGGAUGUUAAAUCUAUGAUGAGGGUAUUUUGGGCUUUGGGGUAG